CGCGGGAAAGACCGACUCCUCGUCACGGAUCGUCCUCGUGUCCCCGGUGUCGCCCCCCCCCCCGCCCUCUCGAGGGAAGGCCGUUGACGUCACAGAGUGGAUUUAAGGAGGCUCCGGUCCCGCUGUCGGCGACUCGGCCGGUGACGGUGUGUGUGUGAGUGUGUGUGUGUGUGUGUGUUUGUGCGCCGAUCGUCAGCAUGAGGAGCGCGAGGACCCUGCGUCAGCUCACGGUAACUGUUUGUACACGGAGCCUUCAUCAUCAUCAUCAUCAUCAUCAGCAGCACCGGGAGCGGUCAGUCGGGAUCAUAGGAGCACCUUUCUCCAAAGGACAGCCCAGAGGUGGAGUGGAGCGAGGACCGGACCUGAUCAGAGCCGCAGGACUGCUGCACAAACUGCAGGACCAAGGCUGUGCCGUGACGGAUUACGGGAACCUGGCGUUCGAGGAGGUGGUCGACGACGAGCCCGUCGGGCGGGUGAAACGUGCGAAGGCGGUUGGCGCCGCCAACCGGAGGCUGUCCGAGGCAGUGCGAGGUGUGAAGAGGGACGGACACACAUCCGUGAUGCUGGGAGGAGACCACAGUCUGGCGAUCGGCUCCGUCCACGGUCACUCGGCGGCGGUCGGGGAGCUGAGCGUCGUGUGGGUCGACGCGCACGCAGACAUCAACACGCCGCUGACCUCGCCCACGGGAAACAUCCACGGACAGCCGAUGUCUUACCUCCUCCACGAGCUGCAGUCACAGAUUCCUGUCCUACCAAACUUCUCCUGGAUCAAACCGUGUGUUUCGGCCCAGGAUCUCGUCUACAUCGGGCUGCGAGACGUGGAUCCAGGAGAGCACUACAUCCUGAAGCUGCUGGGUGUGAAGGUGUUUUCCAUGUCAGAGGUGGAUCAGCUCGGCGUGGCCAGAGUCAUGGAGGAGACGUGUGACUACCUCUCUGCCAAAGCGAAGAAACCGAUUCACCUGAGCUAUGACAUCGAUGCCAUCGACCCCUCUGUUACCCCGGCAACCGGGACACCUGUGGUCGGAGGGCUCACCUACAGGGAGGGAGUCUACAUCACCGAGUGCCUCUGUCAGACAGGUCUCCUGUCGGCGGUGGACAUGGUGGAGGUGAACCCUCUGAGGGGACGGACGGAGGAGGACGUCCGGUCCACCGUCAGCACGGCGGUCGACCUGCUGCUCGGCUGUUUUGGACGUCUCCGGGAAGGAAACCACCCGUCAGAUUACCGCCUGCCCGAGCCCUGACGAGGACGACGCCCACCUCUCCCGCUGUGCUGACGGACCCCUGAACGUCUCUCUGAUCAGCGGAUCAGACGACUGAACUUCUGAAUCCGAACCUGUAACAUGACGUCGGUGUUGUACCGAACCGCCCGGUCUGUGACGUUUCAAGCCAAAGAUGCCAACGCGUUGGCGGCUCGUCUUCCUGGCGAUGGGCCGCUCGCUCUCUGCUGGAGUUUUAAGAGACUGUUUUUUUAAGCGCAAAUAAGCACAUUUUAUUCAAUAAUCUACUGUGGGCAUUCUCUUUUGAUCGAUUACUCAAAUCUAUAAAAUGUCGGAAAAGAAUAAAAAAAUGAAAAAAAUUCUCAAAAGUCCAAAAGACGCUCAGUAACAAAGCAGAAAAAAAAGUUGUGAGUAGAAAACGUUUGGAGUUUUUGAUGGAUGAGUAACAAGUUUAAUUGAUUGUGAAUUCAUUUUUCGUCACUUGAUCAUUUCAGCUCUGAAUUUGAUAAAUGCUGCAAAUGUAGAUGCCUGAAGUGAAUUAAAAGCAACGUUUGACAUUGAAACCAGCCUCCUGGUUCUUUAACGCCAGCAACCGGUCGAGUUGGCCUUUACAUCCACGUCUGUCCAGGCCGAGUCCGAGCGAGCGUCUUCGCCAGGUUGGGCAGAAGUUCCCUCACAGCGUUCCCGAGAGUGGGACGGACGAUGCCUCCGGACGCACGAAAAUGUGACACAGUACGUCAAGCGAAACAGUAAAAGUUGGUUGAUAUUCUCACUGUCACGGUGCCAUGAUGGUAACCAAUCCGUUUCAUAUCCAGGGAACUUUAAGGGGCUUUCCACCUACUGUGUCAGCGGCGGACGAAGUAUUCCCAUGCUUUAAGUAAAAGUACUUAGACCACUCUGUAAAAAUACUCGAUUACAAGUAAAAGUCCUGCUUUGAAAAUGCUACUCUCCUGAAAGUGUGUAGAGGAUUAAACGUAAAAGUGACGUUUCUUCCAACACUACAAUACAACAGUUUAAUGUAACUUGCAUUGUUGUGGUUGCAUUAACGUGUGAGCAGCAUUUUACUGCCGUGGUUGGUCGAGGUGGAGCCGGUUCUCGACUCCACGGAUUAAUCUGCCGAUCAUUCAACAGAUUUUUGUGUGUAAAAAAUUAAGUCCCCGAACGAACGGCUUGAACCUAAAAAUGAUUCAAAUUGAAAUGAUCCAAAGUAAUUCAAAGGAAAAGCAGCACGUCUUCACAAGAGAGGCUUAACGUAUGAGUAAUAAGACAAUGCAUCAGUCCCAUGGGUUCACUUUUCUCUUUGCUGGAUUUCAUUUGUUACCUAAGCUGAUAAAUGAAGGGUGAGGCCUCAGAAGUUGUGGAAUUCACCGUAGUUCCUGUUUCAAUGUGCCAGUGUUUUGAAACCUCUGCUG